CUCAAGUUCUACUCUCAACAGCAAUUUUGCUUCGACAUCGUGAUUUCUCUCAGCACAACGUGUGGCUCCCGGACGAAGAGACCAUGGCCGACAGAAUUAGUAAGACUUAUGAGGAUGCCGUGGCUUCAAAGCUGCUUCCUGGGGUGACAGUCAUUUCCGGAACAAAGGGCGGCGAUAUUUUAUUCCAGAAGUCAUUCGGGAAGGCUAGUCUCAAGGAAGGGCGGGAUGAAGCUUUCACCGAAACGACCGUUUGUGCCAUGGCCUCUAUGACAAAGCUCAUGACCGCCGUGGCCGUCAUGAAGUGCGUCGAGCAAGGCACGCUGGAGCUGGACAAGAACGUCAAGCCCCUUCUGCCAGAGAUGGGCAGAUGGGGCAUAAUCACAGGCUUCGACGACGAGAAAAAUAAGGGAAGCUUCGAGCCCGACUCGACCCCGGUCACCCUCCGCAUGCUGCUUUGCCAUACAUCCGGCCACGAAUAUGACUGGAUGAGCCCACUCCUUGGAAAGUGGCGUGCGUCUCUCAACCAGACGCCCUGGUCAGGUCCUCUCCUCACUGAUAAAUCGGCCAUCCCACUUGUGUUCAAGCCAGGGACCAACUUUGCGUACGGCGCAGGUUCCGAUUGGGCGGGAAGGCUGGUUGAGAUAGCCAGUGGCAUGACCCUGGACGACUUCAUGCGCAAGCACAUCUGCACACCCCUGGGAACUGAAAAUGAUUUCUCCUUUUGGCCCGAGGACAAGCCCGAGAUGAGGAGCCGGAUGGCUACUCUAAGCACCCUAAAUGAAGCCGGGGAGCCUCCCGCCGCGGAUGCGCUGGAUUUUGAUAUCCGCUUUGGUGGAAAAGAAUGUCUUGGAGGAGGUGGUGGAUUUGGCACCGCCCAAGCCUACUAUACCUUCCUUUCGGCGGUGUUCCGUCGGGAUAAUCGACUUCUGACGGAGGAAUCCUACAAUGAACUCUUUAAGCCCCAGCUCGACAGUGUACUGGAGGAGGCAUUCAACAAGUACCUGGUCUCGUCACCGAUUCACGAGCAGUUCAUUGGGAUGGGCAUUCCUAGGUCUAUCCGCAAGUCGUGGUCUUUCGCGGGUAUGGUGGUGCUGGAUGACCAAGAAGGUCGUUUCAAGAAGGGUGCCACGUUUUGGGGAGGUGUGCCAUGCAUGAUGUGGUUUAUGGACCACGAGGCCGGCAUCUGUGGCACGGCAUUCUGCCAGAUGCUGCCGCCGAUGCAUCCGAGGAUUAUGGGUCUCCACGAAGAGUUCCAGAGAGGGUCAUUCGAGGUAGCCCUUAAGGAGGCAUAGGGGCGCCUCACGAGCGUGGAGUUUCGAGUCUCAAACCUUGGAAUUUCCCUUUGGCCAUUUUGUCACGGGCACAACACCCGGGAUCAUAGACGUAGCAAGCAUUACAGGCAAGCCCGUAUUUACUGAGAAUCUAGAUCAACGACUUGCGCUUAUCUAACGUGAAUAGAACAAUAGUUAUAGUAUAACGCAUUCUCCGCCCCUCUCUCCCAAAGCUCACCCGACUUUUCCUGCUCACGGCAAAAAGGCUUUCGUCGCGUUUUCACACCACUCGAAAAACUCCCCCGCCCUCCCCGAUCCACCUUCAGCUUCACUGCGCAAGGCAAGAAGCAGGUCGCUCCUCUGGCCAGGGUGCCAUCUCCCGUCACAAAUAGCGUAGCGACCCGCAACUGCGUCAUCAAUGGUCACGGAAUCGGAGAAGCCCAUCCACAAGUACGUAUCAGCACCAUGCUGAGACUCAUCUCUCAUGAGAAACCUGAACAACCAGUACACUAAGGCCGGAGUGUAUUGCCACAUGCCGGUGUUGUAUGUUCCCGGGUUGCCCGCAAUAAACAGCACGCCGCUCUGACUCUGGCGGCGCGCAAACUCCGAUGCGAGGAACCAGACGCCGGCCUUGGUCUGGCUGUAGAGCUCUAUGUAGUCGGUCAUGGCAGUCUGGUCUUGCAUCCAUUCCUUGCUGACGCCAGACGGGGGUGCGUUCAUUUCCACGAGGAUCGAGGCUGCCCAUAUUACCCGCACGGUACCUGCAGGAGAGGAGCUUGCCGUGCGGGAGAGGAUCGGGAGCAGGUGUUGGGUCAGGACGAAGCUACCGAGUGUAUUCGUUGUCAUAUGGUACUCGUGGCCUUGGGCACUUUUCGGGGCGUUCUUUCGUGCUCCGGUGCCCGCGUUGUUGAAGAGGACGUCGAGCCUACCAUCCGGACCCUCCCGGUCAAGAAACUCGAGCGCGGCGCCCUUUACCGAUUCGAGAUCCAUGAGGUCCAUCUGGAUGAAUUCCAGACUCCCCAAUUGUGAGCAAUCGUCUCUUCCAUCGUAGCACGAUUUGAUCUUGGCAAUGGCUUCAUCGGCGCGCUCUUUUGACCGCGUAAGUAUGUAAACUUUGGCUCCAGCUCCGUAGAGGAUGCGUGACAGAACAUAGCCCAGACCAGAUGAGCCCCCAGUCACGAUGAACACUUUCCCCUUCUGGCUCGGCAGGUUGCUCUCGCUGAGCGGACCACUGGGCGGGAACCACUGGGUCCAGAGGGUGCCAAAAGGGACAGACAUCAUGAGCGGUAAUGCCAACGCCUUUGUUCGCAGUCUCGGAAGUCAGAUCGGCAGAUGAUUGACUAAACAGAGUGAAGUGUGCAGAUAACUGGGUAAUCUAGAGAUGUUGACAAAGAGUAGUAAGCUCGCUAAUUCUUUGCAUCGAGAGGGUUGGAGAAUCAUUGCCUCGCAGCUGUAGAACGAUGAAG